GAUGGUGUUGAUAUUAAUUUAAUUAAAAAUUCGUUUAGCUGUUGUGGAAUUUCUAGUGAUCAAGAUUUUAAUAUGGAUCGGCAAUAUAAAAUGGAAAAUGAUGAUUAUAUUGAAUUAGCAGAUAAUAUUGAAUUAAUAGAUCUUACUAACGAAGAAACUGCUUGGGUUGAAACAGAAGAUAUCGAUAAUAUCUAUAGUGAAGAAACUAUGAUUGAAAAUGAUUGG